GGUGUCCCGGGCUGGGGACGGAAGUUGCAGAAGUACCAUUACUUUCAGUUUUGUUUCUCUUUCAGGCACCCGGCCCCAGCGGCUUCCAGGCCCCGGGCCCCCCACGCCCCGUCCCGGAGCCCAAGGUCAGCUCAGACCUGGGCACUAGGCACAAGGUACAAGGCAGGAAGCAUUUACUUUUUUGCAUUUGCUGAAUGUAUGCCCGGAGAGGGGCGGCUCCCUAGCUCAAGAGCAAGCGGCCACAGGCCCUGGAAGACCAGAAGGACGUUCCUGGCCAUUCAGCAUGGUUUCCCAGGGAUCCUCACCCUCCCUACUGGAAGCCCUGAGCAGCGACUUCCUGGCCUGUAAAAUAUGCCUGGAGCAGCUUCGGGCACCCAAAACGUUGCCCUGCCUGCACACCUACUGCCAGGACUGCCUGGCCCAGCUGGCCGAGGGAGGCCACCUCCGAUGCCCUGAGUGCCGAGAGACCGUGCCUGUGCCACCGGCGGGCGUGGCCGCCUUCAAGACCAACUUCUUUGUCAACGGGCUCCUGGAUUUGGUGAGGGCCCGGGCUGGCGGAGACCUGCGUGCGGGGAAGCCAGCCUGCGCGCUGUGUCCCCUGAUGGGGGGGGCCGGCACGGGGGGGCCGGCCACUGCCCGGUGCCUGGACUGCGCGGACGACCUGUGCCAGGCCUGCGCUGACGGGCACCGCUGCACUCGGCAGACCCACACCCACCGGGUGGUGGACCUGGUGGGCUACCGGGCAGGCUGGUACGACGAGGAGGCCCGGGAGCGCCAGGCGGCCCAGUGCCCUCAGCACCCGGGAGAGGCCCUGCGCUUCCUGUGCCAGCCCUGCUCCCAGCUGCUGUGCCGCGAGUGCCGCCUGGACCCCCACCUGGACCAUCCCUGCCUGCCCCUGGCCGAGGCUGUGCGCGCCCGCAGGCCAGGCCUGGAGGAGCUUUUGGCAGGCGUGGACAGCAACCUGGCGGAGCUUGAGGCCGCCCGGAUGACGGAAAAGGAAGCUUUGGCCCGGCUGCGGGAACAGGCAGCUAGGGUGGGAAUGCAGGUGGAGGAAGUGGCCGAGGGGGUCCUCCGGGCCCUACUAGCCCAGAAGCAGGAGGUGCUGGGGCAGCUACGGGCCCACGUAGAGGCUGCUGAGGAGGCUGCUCGGGAGAGACUGGAGGAGCUGGAGGGCCGGGAGCAGGUGGCCAGGGCGGCGGCCGCCUUUGCCCGUCGGGUGCUCAGCUUGGGUCGCGAGGCCGAGAUACUUUCUCUGGAAGGGGCGAUUGCCCAGAGGCUCCGGCAGCUGCAGGGCUGUCCCUGGAUGCCAGGGCCAGCCCCCUGCCUGCUGCCCCAGCUGGAGUUCCAUCCUGGGCUCCUGGACAAGAACUGCCGCCUGCUAGGGCUCUCCUUUGAGGAACAGCCCCAGAAGGACGGUGGGCAAGAAGGAGCUGGAAGCCAGGGAGGUGAUGAAACUUCGAGCCAGAGAGAGGACGGAGCCAAGUCAGAGAGACACGGUGGAAUCCAGCCCCAGAGUAGGGCUGGAGCUUGCACCCCAAAGGAGAACAGAGCCCAGACACCCCAGGAGGAUGGAGCCCAGACCCCAAAGGAGGACAGAGCCAAGACACCCCAGGAAGACGGAGCCCAGACUCCAAAAGAGGGCAGAGCCCAGACACCCCUAGAAGAUGAAGGAGCCCAGACCCCGAGGGGUGGCAGAUCCAACAAGAAGAGGAAGUUCAAAGGCAGGCUCAAGUCAGUUUCCCGGGAGCCCAGCCCAGUGCCUGGGCUGAACCUGGAGGGCUCUGGCCUCCUCCCCAGGCCCAUUUUCUCCUGCAGCUUCCCCACGCGGAUGCCAGGAGACAAGCGGUCUCCCCGCAUCACAGGGCUCUGUCCCUUUGGCCCCCGGGAGAUCCUGGUGGCGGAUGAGCAGAAUAGGGCGUUGAAGCGCUUCUCCCUCAAUGGCGACUACAAGGGCGCAGUGCCCGUCCCCGAGGGCUGCUCCCCAUGUAGCGUGGCUGCCCUGCAGGGAGCAGUGGCCUUCUCGGCCGGCGCGAGGCUCUACCUCAUCAGCCCUGAUGGUGAGGUGCAGUGGCGCCGGGCCCUGAGCCUCUCCCAGGCCAGCCACGCUGUGGCUGCCAUGCCGAGUGGGGACCGUGUGGCCGUCAGUGUGUCAGGCCACGUGGAAGUGUACAACAUGGAAGGCAGCCUGGCCACCCGGUUCAUCCCUGGGGGCAAGGCCAACAGGGGCCUGCGGGCACUGGUGUUCCUGACCACCAGCCCCCAGGGCAAUUUUGUGGGGUCCGACUGGCAGCAGAACAGCGUGGUGGUCUGUGAUGGUCUGGGUCAGGUGAUUGGUGAGUACCGGGGGCCAGGCCUGCAUGGCUGCCAGCCAGGCUCUGUGUCCGUGGAUAAGAAAGGCUACAUCUUCCUGACCCUUCGCGAGGUCAACAAGGUGGUGAUCCUGGAUCCAAAGGGGUCACUGCUCGGCGACUUCCUGACGGCCUAUCAUGGCCUGGAAAAGCCUAGGGUGACCACCAUGGUGGACGGCAGGCACCUGGUUGUGUCUCUCAGUAACGGGACCAUUCAUGUCUUUCGGGUCCGCUCUCCUGAUAGUUAAAGGGCUAGGACAGGAGAGGGG